AUGUCAGAGGCCUCGCUACGGAAACUCUGGAUAGAUAAGCUGCCGACCCACACCGCGCAAAUUUUGGCAACACUCCCUGAGGACUUGGACCUACUACGAGUGGCUGCAAUUGCCGAUAAAAUCGUGGAGAAAAAAACUUUAACCAGCAUUCAUAUUUCCUUGACGAACAGCACAUCACAUGACUAUAUUCUACAGAAGAUACAACAGCAGAUCGAUGAACUGUCCACGCAACUGGAGCGACUGAGUAGAGUGCGUUCGCGUCCAGCAUACAACGCAUACAAGUCUCGACACCAUAGCAGAGCUAACUCGAACACUAGGACAAACGGUACCAAGAUUGAGACGUAUUGUCAAAUCUCUCUUACACUUAACAUCGGUUUAAGACGAUCAUUUCCUUGGUUGUUCACUGUCGCACAGGCGAAAUUUCCUAUCCUCGGAGCUGACAUUUUAGCCCACUACAAGCUCGCCGUGAACAUGUCUAACCACACUCUAAUCGACCAGACGACGCAACUAACACUUACAGGCAUGAUUUCCACAUAUACGUCCACUAAGAUCUGCACCGCACUCCCAGAAAACAACCCACUAGAGCACGUCUUAGAUAAAUUCCCGGCGCUGAAAACACCUUUCACUUAUACGGAGUCCGUCAAGCACAACACUGUCAACAGUGACAGACCGCAAGGCGUUCACAGCGCAGAACAAAUGAAAUCUAAGAAGUGA